AGCACUGGUCGCUCCCUCCACCAGAGCUGUGGAUAGUCUCCGGUAGAGAUAGCGGGAGUGGCGAUGUGUUUUAGCACCAGGACUCCACGACUGAUGACAGUCGUCCCAGGCCACUACCACCACCUCCCGUACCCAAGACCAGUAAUUCACCCGCAGCGUUGUUCACCCCGGUGAUCGCUCCCUCCACCAGCGGCAGCGCCCAAAACAGCCAUUGCAGCUGCCCCGCGAGUCGCAUCGAGGAUCCCUCCACCAGAUCUGCCCCACAUUAGAAUCCCCCACUCCGAAGCCCUAUAAAGCCAAGGGUGUCCGCUGAAUUGCCAUGCCCCAUUAAGCACCAUGUCCGUUACUCCAGGUAUCUACACUCCAAUAGUCACCUUCUACAAGGCCGAUGGCAACACCAUCGACUACCCCACCCAAAUCGCCCACGCAAAGCACCUCCAAAAGCUGGGGAUCGCCGGAGUGGUUGCCUUGGGAAGUACCGGAGAAAACGCCCUUCUUUCUCAGCAAGAGCGCAUUGACAUAAUCGCCAACCUCCACGAGGCCAUCCCAGACUUCCCUAUAAUUGCCGGUGUGGCCCAGAACAACGCCAAGGACGCCGUGGACACCAUUGCAGCCUACAAGAAGGCCGGUGCCACUUCGGCCAUGGUUCUUCCAUCCAGCUACUACGGCCCAGUCACCACCCAGGAGGGUGUCUAUGACUGGCUCACCGAGGUGGCUGAUGCCUCUGCCUUGCCUAUUCUUGUCUACAUCUUCCCAGGUGUGUGCAACGGUCUCCAAGUGUUGCCAGAAACCGUGAGAAAAUUGGCUGCUCACCCUAACAUCAUCGGUUGCAAGUGUACCCACGGCGAUGUCCAGCAGUACGCCCGUAUCGGUCUCGACGAAGAGGUCACUGGAAACAACUUCGCCCUUCUCUCUGGGUUUGGUCAGUUGCUUCUUCCAUUAUAUGCUGUUGGUGGUUCCGGUGUUAUAGACGCACUUUCUGGUGCCUUCCCAAAGACCUUCGUGGAAUUGUUCAAGGCUUUGGAGUCCGGCGACACCAAGAAGGCCCAAAAGUUGCAGUUUGUUGUUUCUGAGGCCGAAGUUUUGGCCGGAAAGGGUAACUUCUUGAGUAUCAAGAGAGCCAUCCGUGACAACCUCGGCUUUGGUGAGAGCUUGGUUGGAAGAAAGCCCAUGAACUACGGUAUCAGCGACGAAGACUGGGAAAAGGAGUACAAGGGCUUCUAUGACUUGAUCAAGAAGGUUGAGGACACCCUUUAGAUUCUUUUAGAGUCCAAUAGAGGU